UAUAUAUUAGUAGAUUUCAAGAAAUACCCAGAAAAUAAAAACAAGUAUAAUAUAAUAGUAAUUUUUAUUAAUUACCUAAAUAAGUACCCUAUUAUAAUUCCUUUCUAUAAGUAUAUUAAUAUAAAACUUAAGUUAUUAAUUACUAAUUAUCCCUAA